CACUAAAUGCAGCCAUUUUUCCUGUAUUUAAUAAACCCUCAAUUUUAAUAAUUAUUUCAACAAAGUUAUUAUUUUAAACGACAAUUAUAAAGUUAUUAUGAAAUUAAGAUGUCUUAACGGAUCAUCAAAGGCCACCAUUUUUAAAUCGUUAAAGGAUAACUCACUUAAAAGUAACUUUUUGGGUCUAUAAAUAAAAUGUAGAUUUAUUUUGUCAUGUAACUCAAGACAAUGGUAUUACAUAAUGUACGCAUGCAGUGCACGAUCUACGAUGAAAAUGCAGCUGUUCUUAUAUCAUUCUCCAGUAUAAGUGCAUUUACAUUUAUAGGUUAUAAUACUGUUGUGUAAACUAGGAUGGCCUGCACAUUUGAUCCUGAAGAUAAGUCGAGUUGGUACUUUGGAUCGAUGAGUAGGCAAGAUGCGACAGAUUUGUUAUUAGCAGAGAAAGAAGGUGGGGUUUUUCUUGUCAGGGAUAGUUCGACAAGUGUAGGUGAUUAUGUGCUGUGUGUCAGGGAGGACAGUAAAGUUAGUCACUAUAUCAUAAAUAAAAUGCAACAGAACGAUCAAUUAAUACGAUACCGAAUCGGAGAUCAAAUAUUUAACGAUUUACCUACGUUAUUACAAUUUUAUAAGUUGCAUUAUUUAGAUACAACGCCGCUUAUACGUCCCGCGCCUAGAAAAACUGAACGUGUUAUUGCGAAGUAUGAUUUUGAGGGACAGGAUCAAGAUGAUCUACCAUUCAAAAAAGGUGAAAUUUUAACUAUUAUUUCCAAGGAUGAAGAGCAAUGGUGGACGGCUAAGAAUAAUCACGGUAUUAAAGGAUCAAUACCUGUACCAUAUGUUCAAAAGUACGAAGAUAGUCAACAGUUUGUUGAUAUGAAUAGACCGGGAUCAGGUGGUCCCGUCCCAACAAUGACGCAACAAGCUGAAGCGGCGAUGAAACGAAAUCAAAUGCAGCGAAAACUACCAGCCAUGGCCAGGGUGAAACAAGUUAGGGUUCCAAAUGCUUACGAUAAAACGGCACUAAAAUUAGAAGUAGGGGAUAUCAUAAGGGUUACUAAGACGAAUAUAAAUGGGCAGUGGGAAGGGGAAUUAAACGGCAAAAUUGGUCAUUUUCCAUUUACGCAUGUCGAAUUUUUAGAUACAGAAAACGAUAGUUAGUGGUCCGCUUCGAAAUUUAAUUAAAUUCGCUAUUCGCAUAUAACAUAUUUAGAUAUUCAAUAUAUAUUUGCAAUAAUCAAUUUUCGGUUGCAACUAAAUGAUGAACAUACUACUUACGUACUUUUAAGUAAUUUAUGUUAUUACGUACAUAUCAGUACAGGAAUAACUUGAAAGGAUUAUCUAAUGGUCCACGUUAAAUGUUAAUUUAUUGUGUAAGAAUGCUAUAUGAUGAUAUAAAGGAGUAGUCCUUUGCCGAUUUUCGUGUAUAUUUUAAAAUAGAGUUAUUGUAAAUUGU